AUGGUGCGAGCUGUUGGUGACCUAAAUUUAGAGUCAAGAUGGCUGUGGUGUGUAGCACAUCGUCUUCAUCUGACUGUUACAAAAGCUUUAGGAUUUUGGAUUAAGAAAAGCGGAGAUGAAAGUAUCUGUAUUGACGAAGCAGAUUCUACAGAUGAUCACGAGGAGGAAAUGUUGGAUUGUGAUUCAUUGCAAUCAUUAGAUGGUAUGGAGAUAAGUGAUGAGUGUGAUAUGGACGAGAGUGAGAUGGAGGAACUAAUCGAAAAUUCUAAUAAUGAAUGUGAAUUCAUGGAUCUUAAUGAUGAUGAAAUAAUAGACAAUUGGACUGAACAUGUAACUGAAUCACAUGUUGAUAUUGCUCCAGAUCAAGAUAUUAUUAAUAUUCUCAUUAACAAGUGUCGCGGCUUGAUUUCAAUAAGAAAGCGCUCCACUAUCAUAACUUCCUAUUUCAAUGCCGAAAGAAAAAAAUUACGUAUUAAGAAAAAUUUAUGUCAAGAUGUGAAAUCUCGUUGGAAUAGUACGUUUUGCAUGAUAGACAGUUUUCUUGUACUUCGUGAAGUUAUCGAACGAUUAUUGAAUUCUAAGCAUCAUUUACAUCUUGAGUCCAAAACAAUUACAAAAUUAGCCGAGUUGGAAUUGACAAGUGACGAUUGGACAAUCUUGUCACAGCUACAUUUUGUUCUCCAACCGUCUUUUCAUGCUACUAAAGUAAUGUUGGGUCGUCAAUACCCGUCUUUUGGUUUUGCCUUCUACGUACUCAUGCGCCUCAAAGGUUUUCUUCAAGAUCACCCCAAAAAAGAAAACUCCAUCGCCAAGCGUUUGAAACAAUUAUUAUUGACAAAGCUAUUAUUUUAUUUUGAAAGUGAUAAAGAACAAUUAUAUUUGUUGAAAGUAAGUGGGCUAUAG